AUGGCUUCGGGUCAUUUGUGCAAGCUUCACUAUCACUUAACGCGAUUGUUUUAUGGUUCUACAAUACGCAAUGCACAAACAUUAUGUCUCGCAGUCCGGCAGAAGUACACCCGCCCUCCACUCGAUGACCCAAAUUACUGUAAUGUCCAAAUUGGUGUCACUACAAAUGGGAAGACUGUAGUAUGCUAUCAUCCCACAGCUGAAAUUCCUUAUGAGCUCACUCAGCCUAUUGAACGUCCAGACCCUGUGAGCGAUGUUCCUGACACACAUGAUCAAGUUCUAAAAUCACAUUUGAGCAAAGAUGUGCUGAAGGAAACCAAGGGUCCAUCCAUAGAGGAGCUGAGCAAGAUGUUUUACACCACUAAACACCGCUGGUAUCCAGUGGGACAGUACCACAUGAGACGCAAAAAGAAGGGUCCAAAGGACAGAUAG